AUGUCAUCCCAAAGCAAUAUAGAAGACUCGGAUGCGGGGCAAGUAUCGACAACGGAGUCCAAGCCAGAAUCAACUUCGUACCAUACUGCGGAGGGUGAACAACCACAAAGCGAAAGCAUUACAAGAGAAGCCUCAGAUAGCUCAAUUUGGGAUUUCCGGGUUCCCUCCCUUACUCCUCCUGUGACAUUUCAACCAGGUGGUGUCGACGGAUGUGCGUCUUUCUCGAUAAGGGAUUUGAUUGCAGCAAUACAGAAUGGUAUGUCGCAUGAGGACGUUAAGACCUAUAUGAGCCAUUACAAUCACUCCAAUCCUCAGCUAGUCUCGAGAAGCAUCAACGAUACUAUUGAAGGAAUACCGGCAAUGUUUUAUGUUAUCGCAGCGAACAACGACGCGAGUAUUCGACUGUUUGCCAAAUUUGGAGGCGAUGUUGGUGCGACCUACGGUAGCCCUCCAGUUCCGCUCCUUGCCUUUGCAAUUAUCAACGGCAAGAUUAACGAACAGGAUACGACGGCUGCGGUAGCAACGCUUCUGAGUCUUGGAGCUGAUGGAUUUACAAUCCCUAAGCCAUUCUAUUGUCCAUUCGAUGAGGAACUUCCGAGCGAAGGUCCGCCUGAUGCGAGCUGGAAAGAAGCCUGGGAGGCGGAGAAAACACUAUGGUGCCAGCCGCCUUCCAUUCAGAAACUGCUCACGGAGGCAAUCAAUAUCACUCAGAGAUACUACCUACAUCGUUCAUCAAAGCUGACCAAGCCUACCGAACGACAAAGAUGGGUUGCAGCUCGUCACGACUCUACUGAGUUGUUCGCUGUACCUUAUUUCUUGAUUGGCCAGAGCGCGGCUACCAAUCUACUUACCAGGAAUUUUCUCCACUAUAUGCUGCGGCGCCAUGACCAACCUCUUGUCCUCGUCUUCGCCGGACCGAGUGGACACGGAAAAACAGAGCUCGCUCGGCGCCUCGGAGCACUUCUUUCUUUAGAACUGCAGAUCAGCGACUGCACCAUCGUGAGUAGGGAGGUUGAGCUGUUCGGCCCAAGGAAGCCAUACGUGGGAGCUGAUGAAGGCGCACCGCUAAACAAUUUCCUCGCUGCGAACAACGGACGUAGAUGUAUCGUCUUUUUGGACGAGUUCGAAAAGACCACAGCAGAUAUUUGGAACGCCCUUCUGAUCCCAUUUGAUAAAGGCGAGUAUCAGGAUCGGCGGAAUCUAAAGACGGUCAAUUGUUCGAAGACAAUUUGGAUCCUUGCUACCAAUGCCCUCGACAAGAAAAUCAUAGACUUUUGCGAUAGAAAUGAAGCUAUAUUUGAUGAAGACAAUUCAACUAAAAGAGAGAAGCUUCUUGAAGAGCUCACCUCUGCUAUGAGAGAUGAUUUCAUGUCAGUGUUCAAACCUCCAUUGACCGGUCGUAUUUCCGCAUUCGUUCCAUUCCUUCCCUUCUCCAGGUCUGAAACAUGUGUUGGGGCUCACAAGUAUCUACUAGAGCUUACGAACGAGGUUUUGCGGCCCAUAAAUACAAAGCCAGGCCCUGAGGAGCAGCUUUUGGGUAACAUCCGCCUGAAAAUACGCUCCGACGUCAGCGUUUGUAAGGUUGUUGUAAAAGACUAUGAUCCGGAACUUGGCAUUCGGAGUCUAAAGAAGGCAGUGAGAGACAGAGUGGCUUCUCUCUUGGACAUUGAGUAUAUGUCGAUGCACGAGGUUAUCUCGGAAGGUUUGCCUAUGGAAGACUACUCUGUCUUCGUGUCAGAUGGGAGAGUAAGAGUGAAAAGUGUGGGCAUGCCCCAAACUUCACAGCCAUCUGUGUUAUCCGACCGGUAA